AUUAUAACACACAUCCUGUCAUCUACAAAGAGUCAGGACUGAAGUUGAGCUGUCUGUCAAUCUACUGUUCAAGUUAUUGUGCAACAUCUGUUUGGUACUCAUGGGUGUUAAAACUAUCUUACAUUCGAUUCUACUCAUGCAUGCAUGCACUGCAUACAGAGACUCUGAGCACAAUAUCACUGUUUCAAGAGAAACUUAUGAGCUUUAUGAUGAAGACUAUUCUGGAAACAGCAUCUACACCGUGGUUAACAUAAUUCAAAAGGAACCGUGGCCUGCACGUCCAUGUAACAGCACUAAUGCAGUGAAGUGCAACCAAACUUCACAGACAAUCCCUAUCUCAGACGAUGCUGUGCUCUUCCUCAAAGGCCUGCUGGUCACACGUGUCAUGCCCUCUUUCUACAUCCUCCUCUUCCUCAUGAGUUUGCCUCUAAAUGCAUUGGCCCUGGUGAUGUUCACCUGUAAGAUUAAAGAAAAGAAACCGCCUGUGAUCUACAUGUCAAACCUGGCGUGUGUGGAUCUGCUCUUCACCCUGCUGCUUCCUCUGAAGAUCCACUAUCAUCUGAACGGAUCUGAUUGGGUGUUUGGUGAGGUGGCGUGUCGCGUGCUAAGCGCUGCUUUCUACUGCUACAUGUACUGCUCCAUACUGCUGAUGAUGUGUAUAAGUGUGGACAGACUGCUGGCUGUGGUUUUCCCCAUCGUCUCUCUGACUUGGAGGACAACGAGGAAUUCUGCUUACGUUUGUGUGUUGGUCUGGUUACUGUCAAUUGCUGGCACGUCCCCACUUCUCUCUAUAACACAAACGUUCAACAUCAAGGAUUUGGGCGUCACCUGCCACGAUGUGCUGUACCACAUAAAGCUGUAUUACUACCUGUUUUCCAUUCUGUCCUGCCUAUACUUCUUCCUGCCAUUGAUCAUCACUUUGGUGUGUUACUUUACUGUUUUUUAUGAACUCAAAACUCGUUGCUUAGCAACAUCAUCAUCAACCUCAGAUAAUAAAAAGAGAGCUGUGAUUAUGGCGAUCGCCGUGCUGACAGAGUUUGUGGUUUGCUUCGCAACAUCAAAUGCAAUUCUGUUGUAUCACUGUGUUCGUCUGGGCACAGGAGGUCACACCGAGGAGGGGAAAUAUUACAUGUUAGCUGUGUGUGCAGGGAGCUCAAGUGUUUUUCUGGAUCCUCUGCUGUAUUAUUAUGGGUCGUCUCAGUGCAGACAGAAAAUCAGAUCUGUGUUUUGGUGGAGAAAAACAGAAAGCACGUCAUCAAACACACAAACCAAUUGAAAAGCAUUGAGUAUACGGGUGAUUCUCACGAAACCAUUGAAACACCACGGCACUAAUGAUUUUAGCUUUUAAAUGUGUAAUAUAUAACAUUAAAAAGCAUCAGAAUUAACACAAUACUGUGUUCUACCUUGCACAAUGUGUGAUUUCAACAUAAGAAUUUGUAAUUGGAAAUUUUAUCUCAUUUUCUGCUGAAAUUCUCAUUACCGCAAUGUGUCCGGCUGUGUUUGAACAUGCGUUAUGUUGUAAUUUAAUAAAAUUAACACAAAAAUAUUAAGAAAAAAAAUAAAUGGAUGUUUUGCUAGACUACUUUAGAUGACAGAAAAAAUAUUUACUGAAUAUUCAUGUAUAAUAAUAAUGAAGAAAAAUUAGGAAAAUGAUGUGUCCAUGCCUGAAUUUCUCAUCCUCCGCAACACUUUUUGAGAACAGUUUAAGCACACAUACAGAAUUUAUUAAAGUUUGAUUUUGAGUGACCAAGCACAUGGACCAGUUACUUCAAGAUGGCAUCCAAGUAAGAUCAUUUUUUUACAGUUAAUUUGAAAUAUUGUCUUGUCAGAAUGCUUACACGACAUUUUGAUUAUCAUUACCGCUACAGAUGCUUAUUAAAUGUUAAUUGAAUAAAUAGAAGCAUAAUACUUUGAUUUUAAAUGCAUGUGCAGAAUCUCCAAAUUAUGUUCUUUCAGGUUUGUCAUGUCAUUUUGAAAAUAUGUCAGUGUUGAUGUUUUCUGACUGUUGCGGUAAUGAGAUUUUUUAGGACAAAUUUUUUAAAAUUAUGUUACAAAAAUUGUUAAAUGAUAAGUAAAAGUUUUUAAAUUAAUGUUCCCAUUUACUCCAGACUUUGUUUUUCAAUGUCUGGUAGGAAAAAAAGUAAAUUUAAGCAAUUUUUACAUUUUCAUGCUUGACAUUUUUAAAACCAAAUUUUCGUGAGAAUCACCUAUACAGCCAAGCUUAACUUUAAGUGUGAAAUGUUUAGGUAAAGAGCUGUUGAAAUUAUUUGAGA